AUGUCGAUUGCUUUGCAGAAAGAAGACCCUGUCGUGAUCGUAGGGGCGGGCAUUUUUGGUCUCAGCUCAGCUCUGCACCUCGCCAAGAGAGGGUACAGCAAUAUCACUGUAUGCGACAGACAAAACUACGAUGAAAGUCUCUAUUCUUAUCAGAAAGGCUCAGAUGCGGCCUCGGCAGAUCUGAACAAGAUCAUCAGAUCAUCCUACGGGACUCAGAUCGAGUACCAAGAGCUCUCGGUCGAAGCAAUAGACAUGUGGAAUCAAUGGAACGCCGACCUAGCUGACGGAGAAGUGCCACCCGGCAUGAGUUCGAGCGACAAAGUCUUUUAUAACAACGGAGCUAUCUCCUUCAACGAAGGCAAUGAACUACCCCUCUUCGAAAAAGCAACUGUCGAGAACGCCAAGAAGUUGCAUUUGACGAACCAACUGAUAACAACUGCCGCCGACGAUGUACACACGGCGAACGAUCUGGGUUUCGAUUGCGACCAAUUCAAAGCCAGUGCUCGGGGAAACUCCAUGGUGGGUAUCCUCGACACAAGCGGUGGAUUUGUCGCUGCUGACAAGUCGUGUCGUCUCGCCCUCUACAAGGCUCGCAAAUAUGGCGUCAAGUUCAUUUUUGGCCUCGAGGCCGGAGCAUUCCAUUCAUUCCUAAAGCGUGGAGAAGAUAUCAUUGGUAUUCGUACCAAGGAUGGAAAACACCACCACGCAAAGCUCACCAUUAUGGCCUGCGGUCCGCAAACACCACUUCUUGUCCCUGAGCUGGACAAUCUCUGCGAGGCGACGGCUGGCUCAGUCGUCGUCUUCAAAAUUCCAAAGACCUCUCCAAUCUUUGACCAGCUGUCGCCUAAAAGGUUCCCAACUUGGAUGUACAACAUGAGGCACGGGGCCCGGGGAGGUUUGUAUGGAUUUCCUAUCGAUGCAGAAGGUCACCUCAAGAUCGGUUACAGAGGGACCAAAUACACGAAUCCACUGUUACAGCCAGACGGCCAGGAGAGGAGCGUGCCCGUGACGCGCUGGUCUGAGGGAGACAAGGUUACGCAAAUUCCCAGGCAAGCCAUGGAUACCAUUGGGUCUUUCGUUGCCCGCCAUAUGCCCGAGGUUCUGCAGGAGGCUGGCGAUGUUGCCUUUACCAGGCUCUGCUGGUAUACUGAUACAUUCGAUAAUCACUUUGUGAUAGAUCGGGUGCCGGGACGACAAGGCUUGAUGGUUGUUACCGGCGGAAGUGGUCAUGCUUUUAAAUUCUUGCCUAAUAUCGGGAAUUGGGUAGUGGAUAUUAUUGAAGGGGUAGGGUUGGAACGGCCGGCUAUUCGAGCGUGGCGGUUCCGAAGCCCCUCAUCUGUAGAGCAUGUAAAUGUGCUGGUGGGAGGCUCUAAAAGUCCCAGAGCGUUGAAGAAUGUGGUUCUCACUGACUCGAUGACUGGCAGAACUUCAGCGAGAAGUUCACUACUAUAG